AUGUCAUAUUUGUACAUUAUCGACAAAAUCGAUUGGAGAUUGAGGACAUUGACAGCAAGAAAACCAGAUUCGACAGCCAGAUUCGACAGCCAGAUUCGACAGCCAGAUUCGACAGCCAGAUUCGACAGCCAGAUUCGACAGCCAGAUUCGACAGCCAGAUUCGACAGCCAGAUUCGACAGCCAGAUUCGACAGCCAGAUUCGACAGCCAGAUUCGACAGCCAGAUUCGACAGCCAGAUUCGACAGCCAGAUUCGACAGCCAGAUUCGACAGCCAGAUUCGACAGCCAGAUUCGACAGCCAGAUUCGACAGCCAGAUUCGACAGCCAGAUUCGACAGCCAGAUUCGACAGCCAGAUUCGACAGCCAGAUUCGACAGCCAGAUUCGACAGCCAGAUUCGACAGCCAGAUUCGACAGCCAGAUUCGACAGCCAGAUUCGACAGCCAGAUUCUGACAUGCCAGAUUCGACAGCCAGAUUCGACAGCCAGAUUCGACAGCCAGAUUCGACAGCCAGAUUCGACAGCCAGAUUCGACAGCCAGAUUCGAUAG